UUGGUGGUGUACAGUAUUUGGUGUGUGUGCAUUUAUUACAGGGAUACCGAUCAUUCGGAUUUUGUCUUCUACGCCGAUCGCUUAAUUAGGCUUGUUAUUGAAGAAGGCCUGAAUCGUCUGCCCUAUACAAACGUUGUUGUGGAAACUCCAGCCGGCGUACCCUACGAGGGCAUUGCUUUUUGUCGUGGCAACUGUGGUGUAUCAAUCUGUCGUAGCGGUGAAGCGAUGGAACAAGCGCUGCGCCAGUGCUGCAGGUUAAUGAAAACUUUCAGUUUUUUGCAACUUUUGAGUUUUUUUUUUUUUUUCAAUAAAUCGAGCGAUUGAUA